CUUUAUUGACUGAUAGUCAAUCGUCGUUGAUAGUCUGAUAUAUAUAACAAACCAAUUGUUACGAACUACUCCACUUAUUGAAUAGUUAGUAGCCGAUAAUAUGCGUAUCAUCGUUUUGGUCGCCGUAUGUUUUGCGGCUUCUGCAGCAAGCUCUGACGAUCCACAGAGGAUCGUUGGUGGCAAACCAACAACUAUUGAUCAAUAUCCUGGCGUCGUUGCUCUUUUGGGCAUGUAUGAAUGGUUGAUGCACACUCAAGUUUGCAGUGGUGUCAUUCUUAAUAUCAGAUCCGUCCUCACCGCUGCUCAUUGUCCUAUUAAUGACAAAGUCAGCUUAUGGCGUAUUCGUGUUGGCUCCAACUUUGCUUGGAAUGAAGGAGUCCUUCAUGAAGUAAACGGGAUAAUCGUCCAUCCGUACUUCUGGCAAGGAGACAGAUUACAUGACAUUGCCAUCUUACGUUCCAAGGUCCCCAUAGAGUACAAUGAUCACGUUCAGAUCGCCAAUAUAGCUGGCCCUGGCUACAUUCUUCCUGACAACACAAAGCUUGUCGCUGUUGGAUGGGAUGUCAGUUGGUUAUCGGAAUCUGACCAGUUACGUUACGCCGAAGUAACGAAGGUGAACGAGAAGGAGUGUGAUGAUCAGUAUGAUGAUCCUUACAUUGUGAUCAAUGAAUACACGCUGUGCACAAGUAAUCCCGUUACCGAAGGCCCUGAAUACUGCGAAGCGCUACCCACUACUAGUCCAUCUAGGAUAGUGGGUGGGACGGUCACCUCCAUAGAGGAGUACCCGAGUAUGGUUGUACUUUUGUUCGUAUUUGAGUGGAGCGUGUAUGGACAUAUUUGUGGCGGAAGCCUUCUAAACAACCGGUCGGUCCUCACUGCCGCUCACUGUAUCUUUGACAAUUCUGUUAGUAAGUACCGAAUCCGAGUGGGUUCUACAUGGUCGCAUACCGGUGGUGUCGUUCAUAGGAUUAAUGGAAUCUUUGUGUAUGACGACCUGGGCUAUCCACCCAUGAUAAUACAUGACAUCGGUAUCUUACGCUCUGCCUCAAAUAUAAUUUACAAUGAGUCCACUCGUCCCGCUCCCAUCGCUGGCACGACAUACGUUAUUCCCGAUGACGAUUAUAUUUGGGCUGCUGGUUGGGGUGGACCUGAUGCUGAAGACAUAUCUGAAAUGGGCCAACUUCGUCAUGUCAAACUUAUGAAAGUAAAUAUAGAAGUCUGCAAAAGACUUUACGAUGAGGCCAAUUACGUGCUACCUACUGACUAUAUGAUCUGCCUUGGCUGGCCGACUGGAGAUCGCAGUCAAUACUACGGAGACUCUGGCAGUCCUAUUUUCCAUAAUGGAGUUGUAGUUGGUGUCUGUUCUGCUGGUGUCAUAGCGCUCCCUACUAGUCCAUCUAGGAUAGUGGGUGGGACUGUCACCUCUAUAGAACAGUACCCAAGUAUGGUUGCACUUUUGUUGCUAUAUGAGUGGGGUUUGUAUGGACAUAUGUGUGGUGGCAGCAUCCUCAACAACCGCUCCGUUCUAACCGCUGCUCACUGUGUGUAUGACAAUUCUGCCAGUAAGUACCAGAUUCGAGUAGGUUCCACGUGGGCGCAUAGCGGUGGUGUCGUUCAUAGGAUUAACGGAAUUAUCAUGUACGACGACCUGGGUUACCCACCCAUGAUAAAGCAUGACAUUGGUAUUAUACGCUCUGCUUCUAACAUUAAUUUCAAUGAGUGGACUCAUCCCGCUCCUAUAGCUGGUACUACAUACGUCGUUCCCGAUAAUGAUCAUAUCUGGGCUGUUGGAUGGGGUGCACGUUAUUAUGGUGAGGUACCUGACCCUCAGGAGCUGCGACAUGUCAAAGUUAUGAAAUACAAUAUGGAUGAGUGCAAAAAGCUUUACAAAGCUGCCAAUUUUGUGCUUCCUGCUGAUUAUAUGGUGUGUGCAGGCUGGCCUACACAUGAUCGUAGCCAAUGUUAUGGGGACUCGGGCAGUCCUAUCUUCCACCACGGCACCGUUGUAGGUGUCGCCUCGGCUGCUGUAGAGUGCGGUCAAACUGGCUUACCCGCUAUCAACAUACCAAUCCCCACCCGUUCUUCUAGAAUAGUGGGUGGAGAUGUUACUACCAUAGACCAGUACCCCAGUAUGGUAGCAGGUUUGCGUGUUUACGAUUGGAGCAUAUAUGGACAAUGGUGUGGUGGAAGUAUCAUCAACAACCGAUCGGUUCUUACCGCCGCUCACUGUUUUUAUGAAGGGUCCGUCAGCAUGUACCGAAUUCGACUGGGCUCAUCUUGGGCCCUAAGCGGUGGCAUAGUUCAUAGAAUUAAUGGCAUUAUCAACCAUCCUCUGUACUAUCCAGCAACAGCGGAUCAUGAUAUCUGUAUUUUGCGUUCUGCCUCGAACAUCAACUACAAUGAAUUAAGUCGCCCUGCUCCCAUCGCUGGUACUACGUACGUUGUUCCCGAUAACGACUAUCUCUGGGCUGCUGGAUGGGGGGCACAGUUCUAUGGUGAUCCCUCUGAACCUGAGCAGUUGCGUCACGUUAAGGUCAUGAAAAUUGGCCUAGAAACUUGUCAAAAGCAAUACGCUGUAGACAAUAUGGUCAUCACUGACAAAAUGCUAUGCUCUGGUUGGCCUACUGGAGGACGCGACCAGUGCCAGGGCGAUUCCGGCAGUCCUAUCUUCCACCACGGAGUCGUCGUUGGCGUUUGCUCCUUUGGUAUCGAGUGUGGUCUUGCUGACUUCCCUGGCGUCAACAUGCGUGUAGCCAGCUACACUAAUUGGAUUUUGGAUAAUGCAUAAAUGUGUAAUGUGAAUUUAAUAAAGUUUUACAAAUAAAUAUUGCAACACUC